AACCGGUGAAUGGCUCCUGUGUAGCCCAAGUGGGGGAAGGAGGGAGCGGGCGAGCUUGUGCGGCGGCCGCUGUCCUUCCCGCUGAGGCGCUGAGAGAUCAUGGAUCCCAACCGAAUUAUCCAGGCGCUCAAAGGCACCAUCGACCCCAAGCUGCGCCUCGCGGCCGAGAAUGAGCUCAACCAGUCCUACAAGAUAAUAAACUUUGCUCCUAGUCUGCUACAAAUCAUUGUUUCUGAUCAAGUGGAAUUCCCAGUCAGGCAAGCAGCUGCUAUUUACUUGAAAAACAUGGUGACACAAUACUGGCCAGACCGAGAGCCCCCGCCAGGAGAGGUGAUCUUUCCAUUCAAUAUUCACGAAAAUGAUCGUCAGCAGAUUCGGGAUAAUAUUGUAGAAGGAAUUAUUCGUUCUCCAGACUUAGUGAGAGCCCAGUUGACAAUGUGCCUUCGUGCUAUUAUUAAGCAUGACUUCCCAGGUCACUGGACAGCAGUGGUGGACAAGAUUGGGUUUUACCUACAGUCGUCCAAUAGCGGAAGCUGGCUUGGAAGCCUCCUGUGCCUGUACCAAUUGGUAAAAACCUAUGAAUAUAAGAAAGCCGAGGAACGAGAUCCUCUCAUUGCUGCAAUGCAAAUAUUCUUGCCUCGAAUUCAGCAACAGAUGAUCCAGCUUCUUCCUGACAACUCCCAUUAUUCUGUGCUCCUUCAGAAACAGAUCUUAAAAAUUUUCUAUGCACUUGUUCAGUACGCUUUGCCACUUCAGCUGGUGAAUAACCAAACGAUGACUCAGUGGAUGGAGAUUUUCCGGACUGUCAUUGACAGAAGUGUGCCUCCUGAAACUCUGCAGGUUGAUGAAGAUGAUCGUCCAGAAUUGGUGUGGUGGAAAUGUAAGAAGUGGGCUUUUCGGAUUGUUGCUCGUCUUUUUGAAAGGUAUGGUAGUCCUGGAAAUGUUACAAAAGAAUAUGUGGAAUUUUCUAAAUUCUUCUUGAAAACCUAUGCUGCGGGAAUCCAGCAGGUACUCCUAAAAAUCUUGGAACAAUACAGGCAGAAUGUCUAUGUAGCUCCACGUGUCCUUCAACAAACGUUAAACUAUCUGAAGCAGGGAGUCUAUCACUGUAUAACCUGGAAGCAGAUGAAACCCCAUAUGCAGACAUUGUGUGAAGAUGUCAUCUUUUCUCUGAUGUGUUAUAAAGAUGAGGAUGAAGAACUCUGGCAGGAGGACCCAUAUGAAUACAUCCGCAUUAAAUUUGAUGUGUUUGAGGAUUAUGCAUCCCCUACAAUAGCAGCCCAGAUUCUUCUGUACACUGCGGCGAAAAAACGAAAAGAAGUGUUACCAAAAAUGAUGGCAUUUUGUUAUCAGAUUCUCACUGAGCCCAACAUUGACCCUAGAAAGAAAGACGGGGCAUUACAUGUAAUUGGAUCACUAGCAGACAUUUUGCUGAAGAAAAGCAUGUUCAAGGACCAAAUGGAGUUGAUGCUGCAGAAUCAUGUCUUUCCAUUAUUUAUGUCAAAUCUUGGAUAUUUAAGAGCAAGAUCCUGUUGGACCCUUCGUUCAUUCAGCGCCUUAAAAUUUCACAAUGAGCUCAAUCUAAAGAAUGCCAUUGAACUGAUAAAAAAGAGCUUGAUUGAAGACAAAGAAAUGCCUGUCAAAAUGGAAGCUGCCAUUGCACUUCAGGCCUUGAUAAGCCAUCAGGAGCAAGCAAAGGAAUACAUUAAGCCCUACAUCAGGCCUGUCAUGCAGGAGCUGUUGCUUGUAGUUCGAGAAACUCAGAACGAUGAUCUUACCAAUGUAAUUCAGAAGCUGAUUUGUGAAUACAGCCAAGAAGUAACAACAAUUGCUGUGGAAAUGACGCAGCAUCUGGCAGAGAUUUUUGGUAAAGUUCUUCAGAGUGAAGAAUAUGAAGAAAUGGAGGAUAAAACUGUUAUGGCCAUGGGGAUCCUGCAUACAAUUGACACAAUCCUAACUGUCGUGCAGGAUCACAAGGAGAUAACUCAACAGCUGGAGAGCAUUUGCCUGCAAAUCAUUGGUCUUGUCUUGCAGAAGCAUGUCAUAGAGUUCUACGAAGAAAUUCUUUCUCUGGCAUACAGCUUGACAUGCCAUCUUAUUUCACCCCAAAUGUGGCACCUCCUGGGUGUCUUAUAUGAAGUGUUUCAACAAGAUUGCUUCGAGUACUUUGCAGAUAUGAUGCCCCUAUUGCACAACUACGUCACUGUUGACACUGAUAUUUUAUUGUCAAAUUCCAAAAAUUUGGAGAUAAUUUAUACCAUGUGUAAAAAGGUCCUAACUGGUGAUGCAGGGGAAGAUGCUGAGUGCCACGCAGCCAAGCUCUUAGAGAUUAUUAUACUGCAGUGCAAAGGAAGAGGUAUUGAUCAGUGCAUUCCUCUGUUUGUAGAAGCUGUGCUUGAGCGCUUAACGCGAGGGGUUAAAACCAGCGAGCUCCGCACCAUGUGUCUCCAGGUGGCCAUUGCUGCCCUCUACUACAACCCUGAGCUCCUUUUGCACACUUUAGAGAAUAUCCGGUUUCCUCAUAACCCAGAGCCUAUCACCGCGCAGUUUAUAAACCAGUGGAUGAAUGAUACAGACUGUUUUCUUGGGCUCCAUGACAGGAAGAUGUGCAUCAUCGGACUGAGCAUCCUCAUGGGACUGCCAUCUCGACCCCCUGCUGUAGACGCUGUGUCUGCCCAGAUUGUCCCAUCAGUUCUCCUCCUGUUCCUGGGACUAAAACAAAUGUGCGCCACACCACAACAUACAGAACACGAAGAGCACAGGAAAGCUGAAAAGAAUGAUGCAGAAGAUAAUGAAGAGAUUCCAAGUGAUGAAGAGGAAGAGAAUGAAGCAAAUCAGGAGAUGCAGCAGAACCAUGCUGGGGGUGGUGGUGAUACAGGGGAUGACGAUGAUGAAGAUGACGAUGAUGAAGACUGGGAUGAUGAAGCAUUAGAAGAAACUGCUUUAGAAGGCUUCAGCACUCCUAUUGAUCUAGAAGAUGGUGUGGAUGAAUAUCAAUUCUUCACACAAGCAUUUUUAGCUGUACAAAGCCGAGAUGCUGGCUGGUAUCAUUUGUUGACUGCACCACUCAGCGCUGAUCAGAAGAUUCAGUUGCAGGAAAUCUGUGCAUUAGCUGAACUCCGGAGAAACUCAGCAGAAUCAAAGAGGAUAGAACAACAAACGGGCUUCCCAUUUGAUAACAAAGGACUGGUCUCUGGAUAUAACUUUGGCACCGCUCCAGGAAGCAACUGAAGGGAAAAGGGCUUAAAGAACUGUGCAAAAACAUUUCAUUAUUAAAAAAAAAUAUUGUGACUUAUGAACAGGGAAGGUAAUCAAGAGGCCUGCAAGUUUCCCCUUGGGGAAAAGGCAGUAUUUGACCCUCUUCCCCCUCUCAUUAAGACAUUCUUCCUAACCAGCUGCUGUAAUGUAUAAAUUCUUGUGGGUAUUUUUAUAAGUUGUUGGACUGAAAAGAAAGCAUCUGUCCCCUCUUCUUUCUCCUUAGGAAAGGGGGAGCCAGCUAUUUGGAAACCGAAUGGAAUUGCACUUCUCAGGUUUUUGCCGUGUGAAAUUGAAGGGGUUCUAUGGAUAAACAGUGCCUUCUGUUGUAUAUACGGAUUGCCCAACAAGAGAAUUUUGGAACGCCAUGCUUGUUUUCGUUUUGUUUUGUUUAAAAGAAAAGAAAGGGCAUAUGAAAGGUCAUCAUUCAUAUCUUGCUUUUCCAUACUCUGGUGUUAACUUCGUCUAAAGAAAUCAUGGCUGUAUUGUGCCCGUCACACGUUUUACAGUUAACUAUAGAAACCGUUGUUAACAUCCCUGCAUAUGUGUUGGCUUCUACAUCAUACCUCAUUGAGUUCUCAAAAAUACCUUUGCAUUCGCUGCUUGUUACCAGGUGGUGAAUUGUUUUUAAAUUCUUCUUUAGAGUGUUCAGGCUUCGUGCAGUUUUUUUUGUUUUCAGACUUGUUUACCACGGAAUCCAUCUGCAUGUUGUGAGCCUUUUGAGGUGCUCACGUUGCUUACCAUGGUCCGGCCUUAUGAAGAUUCGCACCCUACAUCUCCAAGAAUAUAGUGGCCUUAAUCUGGCAUCCCCCGUUGGGAUUAGGUUUAAGAUAGGGGUAGGAGUCUUGAUCCUAAGACAUCUGGAAAAUCCUACUUUGUAAAGCAAGAUGAGUAACUGUGAGCAGGAUUUUUUUUUUUUUUCCUUUUGCCACUGUUGACCCUCUGGAAAAAAAAAAAAUACAAGUGUUCUCCAAAACACUUUUGAAAAAGCACUGCUUUCACAGAAUUUAAUCUUCAACUCCAGGUCUUUUGAAUGUGGAUCCCAAGCUUUCCCCGGUGCUGUUGUGGGUUUUGUGUUGUUAUCAGUAAUGAGCUUGUGGACUAUGUAAAUAGUUAAUCAACUUUGUACUGUACUGUUGUUGCUUUGAACUGUUUCAAUUACAUGAUUAUCAUUCUUUUAGCCAUAUUAUGCCAUAUUAUGUGAUUUUAAACUUUCAGUAGUUGCAUCUAUAGGUCUUUGCCUUCUAGCCACAGCACUUGAGUUUGGUUUUGUUUCCCUCCUUUCCAGUUGCAACCACAGGGGAGCAAAGGAGAGGGAGGAGUCAGGUAAUGCAUACAGUGUUACUUUGUGCAGGCCCCCUUUUCUACAUGGAUCAUGACAUGGCAUACAUGCUUCCCAAAAGGGCACAGCUUGGGUCAUAACACUAUAGUGCCUGCAGGUGUCUUCCAUUCCUCCCUCCCUCCCUUCCUUCCUUCCUUCCUUCCUUCCUUCCUUCCUUCCUUCCUUCCUUCCUUCCUUCCUUCCUCCCUCCCUCCCUCCCUCCCUCCCCUUUGCCCAGGUUUUUAUAGGAGAGCAUAAGAUCACAUUCAGUGGCUUACCUUGCUGUUAGUAUGUUGUUGAGGACAACGGACUGUAUCUUUGCGUUCCAGCUGUCUUAUCUCUAAACAAGACACUGAUUAUGGUCUUGGAGCUUCUGUUCCCCACAAACCCAUUACAAACACAUCUAUUUUCCAUCAUGCACUAGUAAGCUUUCUACAUUUCUCCAAAACCAAGUUUUUUAGGAGCCUAAACUGACCAAGUUCAGGAGCCUCAAUUGGUCAAGAAAAACCCUGAGGAAAACAUCUUUUUCUGAGCUCUUUCUACUGAAAUAUCCCACGGGAGACAUUAGACAUCCCAGGCUUCAGCAUCAGGACCGCUUUCUCAAACCUGGCACCAUCCUCAUUUGUAAAGCUACAGACCCUUGGCUGGGGAUGAUGAGACUUGUAGUGCCCUAUAUCUAGAAAGUGCCCAUUUCAGGGAGGACUAUGUAAAGAUUACAUACCGAGCUUUGAAACUGUUAAGGAGAAAUACAAAGUAUGCUAGUUUGGGAAACAAGCAAGCUAAUUUUGAGGUAAGAGUUUGCUCAUCAGACCACAGUUUACUAAAUUUGGAAUAAAAGCCUUUCCUGCUUAGCUUGGCUUUUCGUAAACGAGGGAAUCAAACUCCCUUCUAAAAAUGCUAGCUUUUAAAAAGACUUUAAAUCCCAUUUUUAAAACAACUUCACACAGGACCAAAAGCAAACCUGUAUUUAAGGCAGUGAAUUUAAUUGCCGAAAGACUAUUGUUUGCAAGCACCCAACAGUCACAUUUAAAUGUGGUGCUUUGGGGAAUGCAUUUAAAACAUAUUCGAUACAAUUCUGAACAUUCUAAUUCUGAAUUAGAUUGUAAAUAUUUUGUUCCCCGCUCCCCCCAAUACAGUAGGAUAAACAUUCGCCUCCAUUUACAUUUAUUUUGGUUCUUUACUAAUUCUGUGUUUUAUAUCCCAAAGAAAUUUUCUGUAAAUGUUUUUAGCCUGUUGAAAUGGGCUAAAAUCUGGUUCUCUCAUCUGUCUUGAAUUUAUCGUUGCACAGUUGAUAGACCAGAAGCAUUUGCUGGAAAAUAUUUAAGAAAGCAAGAGGAAAAAAAGAAAAGAGAAUGUGUUGCUCUAACUCUUGGGAUUUUUGUGAAAAUAUGUUUGCAAAAGAAAGUAUAUUUUUAUUUGUUUGUAUCUAUAUGUGAAGGAAAUCCAUUUUUAAAAUACUAAGUAGCAUUUAGACUUCUGCUUCCUAGGGAUGACAGCUUGGCUUUUUAAAAAAACCUUUUAGUUUUUGCUUGUAAGAUUCUAAUCGUCUUCCAAGAUUUUGCCCAAAUUUUAUCCUAAUGCAUC